UCAUGCUGCUGCCAGGUCCAGAGUCUCUCAUGGGUCCCUGUACGGCCUCCCAUUGCUGCUGUCUCCAUCGCCACACUCUGCCAUGUGCCACUUUCAGGUCUCCUCACACUGCUGGUGUGUUCCAUUUUUUGUCAUAGGGUGCUGGCAGAUUACGGGCCUCCCAUAGCUGCUGCCAGGCCCCUAAUCUGCCAUGGGCCCCUAUAUACCGCCUCCUCAUGCUGCUGCCAAGUCCAGAGUCUCUCAUGGGUCCCUUUACGGCCUCCCAUUGCUGCUGUCUCCAUCACCACACUCUGCCAUGUGCCACUUUCAGGUCUCCUCACACUGCUGGUGUGUUCAAUUUUUUGAC